CCGGGCGCGGCUGGGAAGUGUAGGCGGAGCGGGCCGCCCUCGGCGUGUGGGCUCCGCGGCGGCUCCGUGCCGGGAAUAUGGCAGCUCUAGAGGCGGCGGAGGCAGCGCUAGAGGCGGCGAAGGCCGCGCUGGGGCGGCGGCAGGAGCAGCAGCAGGAGGAGGAGGAAAACCACAACCAUGAGGCUGAAGGCGGUGGCGGGCCGGCGGCGCUCAGUGAGAGCGGGCAGGGAUCGGGCGGAUGGUUUGGUGGUCUCUGAAAGCGUGAAAAGCAACAACACUGAUGUGAAAAUUCCCGAGUCAGAAUCGGAAGCUGAAGACAAAGGAGCAGAAGAAGAACGCCCCAGGGAAUCUGAUAGCAACACUUUGGAUGUAUCAUCUGAUUACCCACGAGAAAAACAUAUUUCAAUUCAGAGACACCUUGCUGAUCUAGAGAAACUGGCUGACCUGAGAGCAGACCAAAGGAAGCCUUGUCCAUUGUGUCCUGAGGAGAAAUUCAAAGCUUGCUAUAGCCACAAACUCCAUCGUCACUUGCAGAAUUUGCACUGGAAGGUUUCUGUUGAAUUUGAAGGGUACAGAAUGUGCAUCUGCCACUUACCCUGUCGGCCAGUAAAACCCAACCUUGUUGGAGACCAGACAUUGUCAAAGAUGGGAGCUCAUUACCACUGUAUCAUCUGCUCAGCAACUAUAAUACGAAGAACUGACAUGAUCGGGCACAUUAAUCGUCAUGUGAAUAAAGGAGAGACUGAGUCCAGGUUUAGCACAGUUCGUGCUCCCAAGUCAUCUUACAAAGUGGUGAAGGAGUCAGCCACAGAUGUGCAGGUUCUUCCCAACCACUCCACGCCCCAGAAAACAGAUUCCUAUUUUAAUCCUAAAAUGAAACUCAACAGGCAGUUGAUAUUCUGUGCGCUGGCCGUGCUUGCUGGGGAGCGCAAACCCAUUGAAUGUUUGGAUGCUUUUGGUGCCACGGGAAUCAUGGGAUUGCAGUGGGCGAAGCACCUCAGAAGUUCUGUGAAAGUUACAAUUAACGAUUGUAAUGAAAAUUCUGUGACAAUGAUUAAGGAAAAUUGUCAUUUAAACAAAAUGAAGGUGAAACUGAACAUUAGGGAAGAAGACAGUGAUGAAACUGUGGGAAAUGGAGAAGAAAACAGUGACACCAUUGAGGUGACAAAAAUGGAUGCCAAUGUUGUCAUGCAUUUGAGAUCAUUUGAUUUUAUCCAUUUGGACCCCUUUGGAACUUCUGUGAAUUACCUGGACUCUGCCUUUAGAAACGUGAGAAACCUUGGGAUUGUGUCACUGACAUCCACAGACAUCAGCUCCCUCUAUGCCAAGGCUCAGCACGUGGCCCUGCGUCACUACGGCUGCAAUAUUGUCAGAACAGAGUACUACAAGGAGCUGGCAGCCAGGGUUGUAAUUGCUGCUGUCACAAGAGCUGCAGCUCGCUGUAACAAAGGCAUUGAAGUGCUGCUGGCAGUAGCUCUGGAACACUUUGUUCUGGUGGUGGUCAGAGUUUUACGGGGCCCAACCCCUGCAGAUGACUCUGCAAAGAAGGUCCGGUACCUCAUCCACUGCCAGUGGUGUGAAGAGAGGGUUUUCCAGAAAGAGGGCAAUAUGGUGGAAGAAAACCCUUACCAGCAGCUGCCCUGUGACUGCCACGGCAGCAUGCCUGGGAAGACAGCAGUGCUUCUUGGUCCUCUCUGGUCAGGACCUCUCUUUAACACUGGAUUCCUCAGGAGGAUGCUCCUGGAGGCUGUGCAGUAUGGCUUGGAUGAAGCUCAGCCACUUCUGAAGACAUUAGUUUGUGAAGCAGAGUGCACAACUCCCAAACAUUUUUCUACCCACAGUCUUGGUGACGAGAACAAACAAGAAGAGUGUGGCGUAUAUAUUAGAACACCAAAUACUUCUGCAGAAUCCUACUUAGUACACGGCAAGAGGAAGAGCGAGGAGGUGCUGCGCGGCACGGCGAAGCGGCAGCGGGCCGAGCACAGCACCGAGCACCCCCCGUUCUACUACAACAUCCACCGGCACAGCAUCAAGGGCAUGAACAUGCCAAAGUUAAAUAAGUUCCUGAACUAUCUGUUGGAGGCCGGAUACCGCGUGAGCCGAACCCACUUUGACCCCAUGGGAGUCCGCACCAACGCGCCCCUGGUGCAGUUCAAGACUGUUCUCAUGAAGUACAGCACUCCCACCUACGUGGGGGCACAGGCAGAGGGCACUGUGCAUCUCCCUGGAGAGAUCCAGGUGGGAGAAGAGGUUCCAGCUGCUGCAGUGUUGAAGGCGGAGGAGGCUGAGUUAGCAGAAGAUGAUAAGUCUGGGGUUGCCACCGCUGUGGUCACAGAGUCCUAAGCCACUCACUGUGCUGCUGAAUAAUGCAGAUUGGUUUGUUCAUCAGGAUGUUACAGACUUCCAGCACACCCUGUUCCAGUAAGCCACUCCUUCCUCCCAAGCUGGAGUUUGACUGUUUUGAGCUGCCUGUUGUACUUCAAAAGGACAGUUUAGACUUAGGUAACAGAACUUAACCCUGAUCCCGGCAUGGCUGUGGUCACAGAACCAGCACUGUGGGGAAGGCUGUGGAGUUAACUGCUUUUAUGCUCACCUCCUUUUCACACUGAGACAUGGAGGCUGCUUCCUAGUCUGUCCAGGCCUUACUGCCAGCACAGCAUCCAGGAGGGGGGCCAGGGCCAACAGUAUUCAGCAUUUUGGAAUAUGACAUUAUUGUGAAACAGCCUGUUCCUGAAAUGCAUCAUUCCUAAACCUGGCCAGCUGUGAUCCAGAGAGAGGGCAUGCUUAAGGUAAGAAAAUAGCACAGGAUAAAAUGCCCUCUGAGUUAAAGCCAGGCAGUCCUGCCUGAGUGCAGCUGUAGCUCCAUGUUGCACACGUAACUCUGCAUUCAGGUGUGUUUCCAGGGUUCUGCCUCAUGGCAGGAGCUGAUCCCAGGAGAACAGGUAGGGGCGGUGACACGGCUGCUAGCGAACUUCAGUUUGUACCCAAAUCGUAGUGAAUUGUGUAGUCACUCUAGGUAGUUGUCUGCUCAGAGCUUAGUGGUUGUGUGCUGCAGAAAGGUACAGGGAUACGGGACCACAGUGGAUGUUCAGGUGAAGUUUGUGGUGAGUUGUCAAUAGUAACUCUGAGCUAAGACCUCUUCUGUGAAGGAGCAAAGCUGCCAGGUGUUGGCAGUUGUGGUUUCCUUAAAUACAUGGCAGCAUUCCAGCCAAA